UCUUCCUCUCACAUAUGAUAUAAUUCAAUCACACUAGUUGGAAGUCUCGACUCUUGACGAGAGCCUUUCUCCAAUCUUCGUUUCUCUCAUUUUUCUAUGUUUUGUGCUGUAAAACCCUAAUUCCUUCAAUCAAUCCAUUCUCCGAGAUCGUCUCCAGCUGGGUUUCUUUCUAAAUCUACACGCAACUUCAUUCCCCCAUCCUCCAAAGUUUACUAUCCCUCUGAAAUAUUCGAUUUUUUUUUCACCAAUUACUUUCCGAUUUUCGUCAAGAUCGUCGAUUUUCCCCCAUUCCCAUCGAGUUUUCCUGUGAAUUUGAUGCCUGCUUCUUGAAAUUCACCGGGCCUCUAAGAGCGCAACGCUGGCGAUUUGUGCCAGGUGCAGGUGAUGGCGGAUCCGCCACAAGUCCGCCGAGAGCUAGUGUUUGAGUUUUCGAUUUUCUUUGUUAUUGGGUUCGAAAAACGCUUGACGAAGAAGCAGCUAAGGAAUUUAACACGCUUAAGGUUAGGGUAAAAUGCUGAGCGUGCUGAGGGUGCACCUGCCCUCAGAUAUACCGAUCGUAGGGUGCGAAUUGAUUCCGUAUGUGGUUUUGAAGCGCCCCGAUAAGUCUGUCACUACUGAAGAUGUCUCGGAGCUGAAUCCAGUGGACGGGUAUUUCUUGAGAUAUAAAUGCGUUCACCCGACCGAGCAGGCUUGCUUGCAGUGUCUCUUAUGCAUCAAGGUGAAAAUACCCGUUGCCAAGAGCGACCACUGUUCUUCGAAAUGUUUUGCCGAUGCAUGGCCCCAUCACUGUGCCCUCCACAAACGUGCAGCCGCCACCGUCGGUGAAAAUGGCAACGAGGAGGACGAGAUAUUCAACACAACUGGCAGCGGAAUAAGCCUGCCGACCUCUCAGUCGAACCCCAACCUGGCGAAUGGCGGUGCUGCUGUUGCUCAGAGGAACGGCGGUGAGACGUGGUUCGAGGUCGGGUACCAAAAGAUGUACACUCCGACUGCUGAUGAUGUUGGCCAUGUACUCAAGUUUGAGUGUGUCGUGGUCGAUGCCGAGACGAAGUUGGCUGUGGGGCCCACCAACACCCUGUUGACCUCACACGUGAUCCCUGCUCCCUCGCCCAGCCCGCGACGGUUGAUUCCGCUGAGUGGGAGUUUGGGUAUGGACUGCCGGAUUCUGUCGGUUGGUACAUUUACAGUGCUCUCGUACAAUAUCCUGACGGAUAAGUAUGCAACGAGCGAAUCGUACAGCUACUGCCCGACUUGGGCUCUUUCUUGGAACUACCAUAGGCAGAACCUCCUACGGGAAAUAAUUGGCUAUCAUGCUGACAUCGUAUGUCUUCAAGAGGUUCAAAGUGAUCAUUUUGAGGAAUUCUUUGCUCCGGAGCUGGAUAAACAUGGGUAUCAAGCUUGUUUCAAAAGGAAAACUGCAGAGGUUUUUGUUGCGUCCAUCAACAGUGUUGAUGGUUUUGCUACUUUCUUCCGUCGUGAGAGAUUCUCUCACGUCAAAAAAUAUGAGGUUGAGUUCAAUAAAGCAGCACACUCUCUGACUGAUGCUUUGGUUCCUAGCGCACAAAAGAGAAAUGCUCUAAAUCGGUUGGUCAAGGAUAAUGUUGCAUUGAUUUUAGUUCUUGAGGCCAAGUUCGGUAGCCAAAGUAUUGAUAACCCUGGGAAGCACCAGCUUGUUUGUGUAGCAAAUACACAUGUAAAUGUGCCUCAGGAGCUGAAAGAUGUCAAGCUUUGGCAGGUUCAUACAUUACUGAAAGGUCUAGAAAAAAUUGCUGCAAGUGCAGACAUCCCAAUGUUGGUUUGUGGCGAUUUCAGUUCGGUACCUGGAAGUGCUCCUCAUACCCUCCUUGCUAUGGGAAAAGUUGAUCCACUUCAUCCUGACUUGGCCGUGGACCCCCUUGGAAUCCUUCGCCCCACUGCUAAAUUAACACAUCAGUUGCCAUUGGUAAGUGCUUACUCAUCCUUCGCGAGAGCUGGGGUUAUGGCCUAUGUUCACAAACUGUUAUGGCCUAGAGCAGAGAAGGAGAAUGGAUCCUGCUACAAACGAGCCUAUGUUCACAAACUGCACUCGAGAUUUUAUCACCGAUUCUUUAACCUGUUGGAACUGUUGGAUGAGGAUAGCUUGCGUAAAGACACAGCCCUUCCUUCUCCCGAAUGGUCUUCUGAUCACAUUGCACUCUUAGCCGAAUUCCGCUGUCCGACUUAUCCAAAAGAAUUCAAGCACAUCAAAUUAGCUGGUGAUCUGAUGUUUAAGAAGUAAGAACAGAGAAAGUGAGUGUGAAGGUUGACCAUUGUACCCCUGUUCAUUUCUAUAGGUGUACUGUAUGUAUUUGUCCCCAAUGGGGGGCUGUCUUUGUAUCAUGCUAUGCUAUACCUGUGUUGUACCCUAUAGAGAAAAUAUUUAUAAUGCCUGAUUUGUUUACUCUCCUUAAAGUUGAAAUAAAGGGAAUUGUCUUGUGCAAUUUGGCUGCACCUAGUGUGUUUUCCCAUUUAGUUUCUUGAAAGAUUUUUUAUUUAUAUAACAUGGAAAGCGCAUGUGUAAAGAUUCAAGCUUGUGCAAGUGAAG